UUCAAACCGAAAGCGUCGCGAUCGCCUCGUAACAAAUCGCGGACUUUAAAACGCGCGGAAGUGCAGUGCAGCCAAGGAUCAAGCUUCUAUAUCCUUUAUCCUCUAUAGUAUAUGGAGGCAGCGUAAAACUCCCCUGUGUUUAUUAAGUCCCUUAAAAAAAAAUAAACACAGCAUUUGGAAUAAAAACACACUUAAUUUUGGAUACAUCAAAUAAUUGAGUUCUAAACAAAAGUGAAGAUGCCUUACCACCGACUGAGUAUUCUGGUGCUGCUGUUGCAGCUAUCGCUGGCCUUCAGCCUAGCCGAUGUGGGCUAUCAUUACAACAGACCCACGAGGCCUAGUAUUCCAUCGGCUCCUUCGGGACCCGGAUCGGCAUAUACAGGCCAUAAAUUUAGUGCCCUGCCCACGAUUCAUCCGCUGCCUCCGAUCCCCGCACUCCCGCCACUUCCAACGGCCAGGAUUCCGAUUCCCAGGAUACCGAUUCAUCCCACAGCUCCGGCUGCCAGCAUCGUUAGUCAUUAUCUGCCGCCCAAGCAGGUGGUUUCCACUUAUAUACCCCCUCCGGUGGCUGCCCCCAUAACAUCGAUAAGUUUCCAUGGCGCCCCCACUUUUAAGCCCAUCUAUGGACCGCCCACACUGGCCACGCCCAUUGUGGUACCGCCCACGGGACCAGCUCCUCUGCCGGAAGGAGGAAAUCUUCGCAUACCCUUUGGCAAACAGGCCUUGAUUUCUCCCGGAGAAUCCUAUGUGUCCAAUGGCAGACAACUGAGGCAAUAUGCUGUCAUCGAAAUUAUUGACAAUGAUAUAGAUGAGACACCGGGUCCAUUCCUCGGUGGAUCCAGUUUCUUUGAUCGCUAUGGAGCACAUGUGGGUGCUCCGACGGCCAAUGGCAUCCAAAUAGAUUCUCGAGCCAAUUCCGCAAUCCUAGCCCAGCAGCAAUUAGCCGUGCAGCCAAGAUCUCAAGGCGGAGGAUCCCAGGGAGGAGAUGCCAUAGCCUUGGGAUCGGGUGGACUGGGCUUUGUCCGGCUGGCCAAUGGAAAUGUCUACCUCGGUUCCGGAUCCUUGGGCUACAUCAGUGGUCAGCAGCGAUUGGCUUCUGUGCUGGAGGCACGCACCCGUUCGGAAUCCACUUCGGAUGCCCUGCACUUUGGUCACGGUCCCUUGGGCGGAGCGGACAACCUGCUGAGAUUCAAGUAGAGAGAGGCUACCUUCCUUAACCACGCACACACAUACACAACUACAUCUACAUCUGCACAGAAAAAAAAUUGACAACAAAUGAGACUUGUUUUGAUUUCAAUGAUCAAUUUGAUAUGUUCGAAAAAAAGAAAAAGCUUAUCAAUUUUACAUUAUUCAAGUUAAACCUUUGAAUAUCCAAUUGAUAUUGGCAAAUUUUUUUUUUCUGUGUACUACAUCUAUGAAAAUAUGUAUAUUUUAUUGUAAAUAUGUAAUUAAAGAACCACUUCUUGUUUGUGUAGACCGUAAGCAUGA